UUCCUCCCCAAGCACGACAGGCCGCACCCAGAAAAGCGCCCUUCUUAAAAGCCGGCGCAUUGCCAUGUGGUUCGUCCUACCGCCCACGAACCAUGGAAAGGGUAGAGUGAUGAACGCAUUGCCCGGCACCUCUCUCGCAUAAGCUCCAAGCACUCUCGUGAUUUGUCUGCUGUACUACCGGAACACACAACCAACCACAACGCCCAUCACCGCUUUCUCGUAUCACCAGCUCGUCCAAGACGGGUGUUGUUCACUGCGGCCGUGCUUUGGAAUCCUACUCGUCGAGUUUGCUGCAACGUUCGUAUUCGCCUCCAGGCAAGGACCCGGAAAACGGACUCGUCACUCGAAGCAACAACCAUAUCAUCGACCUUCACACUCUCCCCCGAGGCUUCGAACGGAAAAGUUCUUGAGCGAUAAAUGCAAGCUCACCUUCGAUCUACCGGCAACAAGGUGCCAUGUCGCGCGCUGGACACCAGAGAGAACAUAACAUAGCAGUCAUCGGGUCUGGCGGAGUGGGCAAAUCCUGUUUGACGGCCCAAUUCGUGCAAGGCGUCUUUAUUGAGAGCUACGACCCCACGAUUGAGGAUUCCUACCGGAAACAAAUCAACGUUGAUGGCAGACAUGUCAUGCUGGAGAUUAUGGACACGGCGGGUACGGAGCAGUUCACAUCGAUGAGAGAACUGUACAUGCGCGAGGCCCAAGGCUUCCUCCUCGUCUUCAGCAUCACCUCCCUCUCCUCCCUCCACGAACUCACCGAACUGCGCGAGCAAAUCCUGCACGUCAAAAACGACCCGCACGUCCCCAUCGUGCUCGUGGGCAACAAGUCCGACCUCGAAGACGACCGCCGCGUCUCGCGCUCCCGCGCCUUCGCCCUCUCCCAGGCUUGGGGCAACGUGCCUUACUACGAGACCAGUGCGCGCCGCCGGAUCAACGUCACCGAGGCGUUUGUCGAUGUGUGUCGUCAGAUCAUCCGCCGGGAUUUGGCGAGGGGGGCGGCGUAUCCGUCUUCGCGGCGGGGGGCGCCGUCGCGUGGGCGAAGUGGUGGCGGCGGUGGGGAUUCGAGACGGUCGAGGCGUACGCGGGAUAGGUAUGAUCAUGAUGAGGAUGAUUAUGAGCCGCAUCGGCGGCGCCGAGACCGGCAUCGAUGUGUUAUUCUGUGAGGCAAGUAUUGAGAAAAUGACACUAUUACCAAGAGAACCUCAUUACUAUACGAUUGGGGCAAAUGUGUUUGCGAAGCUGCGAUACCAGCCCGAAGGUUGGAAUGCAACGGCACAUGUGGCGUCCUCCGUAUGCGAUCGCUGCUUUACGAGUC